AUGAAUCAAAGCAGCGAAGGAUGUAUGAAAAGGGUUAGCAGUGUGAAUCUUGACAAACUUAUAAAUGACUUCUCACAGAUAGAAAAGAAAAUGAUAGAAACCAGUGGAAAGAACAAUAUACUGAAUAUGCAGUUGGAAAAAACUAACAGUUUAUUAAAAGUAAUGCAAACAAAGGAGGUCUCAAUUAAAGAAGAAUGUACAACUCUUCAUAAUAUGGUCAAAGGGCUGCAACAGACCAUUGAAUAUCAACAUAAUUUGAAAGGUGAAAAUGAACAACUAAAAAUAAAUGCUGAUCUUAUGAAAGAAAAGUUAAAAUAUCAUGAACAGGAAUAUAAGAAUAAUGUUGCCAAACUUAUGAGUGAAAUGAAAAUCAAAGAGGAGGGACAUAAGAUAGAAAUAAGGAAACUUUAUCAGGAUAUGCAGAAAAAAGUUAAACUAAGUGAAGAAAAAAAUAAAGAACUGAUAGAGAAAAAGGAGGUGGAAAUUUCAGAGUUAAAUGCAAAGUUAAGAACUCAAGAAAAGGAAAAACAAAAUGAAAUAAUCAGACUACAGCUAGAGUUUGAUGCCAAACUAGCAAGAGUUCAAACUAAAUCAAAAUCAUAUCCAGAUUCUACUGUUUUGCCACACAGUAUCUACAGAAGGAAGCUUCAACAUCUUCAAGAAGAAAAAAACAAGGAGAUUACAAUUCUUCGUAAUACUGUUCGGGAUUUAGAGCAACGCCUCUCUGCUGGCAAAGAUUCUCACCUUAAGCGUAGACGGUUUUGAGUAUAGCAGUAAUUUCAUUAGUUGCUAUUUAAUUU